UCCAUCUUCUUUUCAUUGAAGAAUGAAUUGUAUUCUUCCUCAGAGCCAGUGGAGUUGGACUCAUGUGUGGUAGUGAUUUUCGUAUCUGCUCAUUCAGAUUGAGAGAGAUAGAGAUUAAAUUUGGGGGGUUUUCCUUGCUUUUCUCAAUUGGGGUUGCUAAUUCAGAUUGAGAGAGAGAUUAAAUCUGGGGGUUCUUUGCUCUUUUCAAUUGGGGCUGACUUGGUUGUCCUUCAUUAAAGAGGGCCUCUGUUUUGGAGUGUUGAAUUGUUGUUGGAAACUUAGAAUCCAGAUGAGCAGUUCUCAAGAUAGUUCACAAGAAGGGCCCAACGCUGACUUUAGGGAUAGUCUAGAGGGAGAUGGUUCUAUAAGUGCUACUGGCAAGGAGGCGAAGCAAGGUCGAGGUCAAGGGAAAUGCAACUGGUUUCUAAAUAACAAAAAAGAGUCAGUUGAUUUAUCUCCAUUUGGCAGAGUUAUUAGUGACAAUAGUCCCCAUUUUUCUAGAUACAUGGGUAUUUUGGCGCGGGAUGCCAAUCUAAUUCCGAUCAAGUAUUUAAAAUGGGAAAAAGUACCAGACUCUUGCAAACUUGAUGUCUGGGACACUCUACGGGGCACCAUUGAAUUUCGUCCUGAACAACAACCUAUGAUUCAUGUCUUCAAGGAUGUAACAAUGAAGAAUAUUGAAAAACUGUGGAGAAGUUUCAAGAGUGAUUUGAAGAAAGCUUAUUAUAAGCCUUUCACAGGAAGUAAAAGACGGUGGCAAUGUGGGGAUUCUCGUGUAGACCCAGAUCAAUGGAGGGUGUUGGUUGAACAUUGGGAAAAAGAUGAGAUUGCAGAGCAAGCUAAAAGAAAUGCUGAAAAUCGGAGUAAACAAACAUUGAAUCACACAUCCGGGACAAAGUCUUAUGCUCGCAGCAAAGCACAAUAUAAUAAGAAACAUGGUGAAGACCCCGAUCCUAUUUGGUUUUUCCAAGAUAAGCAUACAAGGCGUGACGAAGAUCGAUCAUGGGUUAACUUGGUGGCUGAGCAGAAAUAUGCUGAAAUGCAGGAAAAGUUGAAGGAAUUGGUUGAAGAUGAAUGUCCUGAUAAUUUAGAGACGCGAAGAAGGGCUUAUGUUGAGGCAAUGGGUCCUGAGACAAAUAAUAGUGUUCGUGGUGAAGGACUUGGGGUGAAACCCCAUCAGGUGCCUUGGAUUCAAAUGAAAGCAGGGUCAUCCAACCGAUUGCGAGGGCACGACUAUGUUCACCUUGAGUCACAGUAUGUAGAGUUACAAGAAAGGUACAAACAUGACCAGGAUCAUUGGCGUUCUGAAUUGAAGGCGAUGGAGGAGUUGUUGAAGCAUAACCAGCAAGAGAUUGAGGAAAUGAGGCAGAUGUUAUCGCGCUCGUCAGCUUCGCAUCAUCCAUUGCACCAGCAGCUGCCAAACCCAUUCCAUAUGUCGUAUUACUCGCCGCAGAUGUUCCAUCAAAUGCCUUAUCAAGCCAGGUCAGUUACUCCUACUGGUGGGUUAACUGGAUUGCUGAGGGGGGAUGCAUACCCAAGUGCGACAGACUUUUUAGAAUCAGAUCAAGGUACUCAUGGACUUGAAUAGAUGCAAUUACUUAGUGUUAUGCAUUUUUGGUAUAUAUAGUUGCUGACGUUGUAUUUUGGACCCUAUUGGGGUAUGCAUGCUUUUGUAGUGUAUUUGUUGAAUAUUUGGAAUUGCAUACUUUUGUAUAGUAAGGGCACCUAAAGUUUUUGAACUCUACUGAUGUAGGCAGACUUUGUAAUAUUUGGCUAUUGUAAUCGACAUUGGUAGUUUAUAUUUAUAAG